AGCCACAGGUGCUUCAUCUUUCCUUGUGAGACAGUUCCAAACAAACGUCAGGUGCUGAUCUGCUUGUAUCAUCAUUCGAAGAACACAUUUAUCAGAGAUUUACUCACUUGCUUAAGGAGGAAAAAUGAAACGUAAAGGCGUCUUCAGCAACCUGGUGCUCGAGGGUCUGUGUGUGAUGCUUUUAGCAAUUGCGCACACUAACUCGACGACAACAUCAGAACCGGCAACAAGUCCAAUCAUGGUAACUGAAACAACCAUGAUACCCACAGAAACAACAAUUGUCACAGUUGCAACCACUGCAGACCCAACUGACCCCGUGGUUCCAAACAGCACAGUAACAGACCUCGAGAUAACUAUUGAUAGAAGCGGAUGUGCAGCUGAGAGGAUCUGUGCGGCUGAGCCCGGUGACUGCGACCCGUCAGGUGGCGAAUGUUUCUUUGUUGGAGCAGUCCAGAAAGGUGGUCAGAACUUUGAUUUUGGCCUCUCUGGAGAGACUGAGGGCUACCUUGCCUGCACAUUGUCCAAUGACAACAGCCUGGGAGGAAAUGACACCACAUACGUUUGUGCAAUCAAUAACAACAAGAUUGAGUUCUUUGGCGCCCUCCUGAACAAUGGUCGGCUGACUCGAACUGAGGUGUUAGUGAAUAAUGUGAAAGGCAAAGUUCAAGGCCGGAAAAUCCAGUGCACCUUCACAGCAACUAUCCCCGACUCCAACACAAGAGCCUCUCAGUUUUCCCUCGCGGUGUCUACAGGAGCAUAUGACAACACCACUGGCACGCCGGGACCACCUAAUGCCCGGUUGCAAACACCCGUGGUUGACAUCAGCAAUCCGAACAGCACUGUCACCAACACGCUGAACACAACCACCAACGCCACCACCGCCACCACCUCCACCACUACUUCUCCCUCAACAACAGCCGGCUGUGAAGCCAUGCUCCAGCAGCCACUGUCCACAGCUCUCCUGCUCACUCUCGGUGUGAUGAGCCUGCUCCUGUCGUGAGGAUCCCCGCAGUCGCAGAUCGACGCCAGUUUCAUCUACGUAUAUAUAUUUAUGAAGCUUAAUGUCUCUUCAAAAUGUGGCGCGCCAAGAUUUGUCCCAGUACCUUAUUUAACACUUAGGGCCCCAAAUUGCACAAUGCUACGUAUACAUUUCUGUCCAGCCAACCCACCGCCUUGCUUGAGCUGCGCGAUCAAAGGUUUAAACUGGUUUAAACAUGUUUCAUUUCCGAGGUAUUUUGAAGCUUUGUGAACAUCUGCAUUUGCUGUCAUUUUGGCUCAGUACAAGCCAAACAAACAAAGGGAAGGCUGCACACAAUGAUGCCAGCAAAAAGGCAGAUGUGUUUUAUUCACCUUCACCACUGUUGUUUGUCAACUUGUUGUUCAUGAGGAAAGACAAAUAAGAAGUCACGCCAUUAUUAAUGAUAUAUUUUAUUCUCUCUACGUGUAUGUGCACGCGCUUACUUACCUGUGUGGACAAAUGGUCUCCUCACAAACUGCACUAUUUUACAAAGUGAUCGAAUUAAAUGUAUUUUUUAAAUAAAUAAUUGAUCAAUAUUGA